AUGGAAUCAUUUUUGGAUUAUAUCGGACAGAAUGGAUUUGGAAAUCAGAAACCAGAUUUCGUUACAUCAAAGGAUGUUCUCCAAACAGCGACUUGUUCGGAAAAACAAAUUAAUCCACGUAUGCAAAAAUCUCAAAUGGAAUCAUUUUUGGAUUAUAUCGGACAGAAUGGAUUUGGAAAUCAGAAACCAGAUUUCGUUACAUCAAAGGAUCUUCUCAAAUCAGUGACUUCUUUGGAAACUCAUUUAAUCCACGUAUGCAAAGUGGGCGGAGUCAUAUUUGUACUGAAAAUGGAUAAAGAGAAUGCGAUGGAAUCGAAAAAUCAACUGAUUUUCAAUCAUUUGAUGACAAAGAAAUCGGAAAAUGAGCCAAUUCGAAACGAUUCAAUUCAAAAAGGAGUUUGGAAAGCUGAAAUGUUGAAUGGAGGAAAGAAAGAGUACAGUAUUCUGUAUUCUGGAAAAGUGGACGCAAUUCAAAAAACAAAAAUGGGAAAAUCGAGAAAUUAUGAGUUGGAAGUGGCAUUUGGAGGAUGCGAAAAUGAUGCAUUUUGGUGGGAAAAAAGUUGUAAAUUAUUCUGGAAAUCGUUUUUCGGAGCAUCUCCCUCUAUUAUAAUUGCAUCAAGAACUGGAGAGUUUGCACUCAAAAAGAAGAUUAAUGACAUUAUGAUCACUUAUCCAAAGAAUUCCAUUUAUGAGAUCAAAGAACUAUCUCGUGAUGAACUGCCUUCUCUAGCUGCUCCCAAUAAUCAACGACCCCUUUGGACAGUUUCAGAUGGAAAAAAGAACCUUUAUAAUUUUUUGAAAUUGGUCAAAAGUCAUGUGAAAAGAGAUGGUGACUGUUUUGUGAUCUCCAGAAUUCCGGGAAGUCAAAAAUGGAAUUUCAAACAGGAUAUUGCAUCUGUUGGCACAUUCAAAGAAGCUAUCCAAAUAAGUAUUCCUAAUUUAUGA